GCAUGGGCGAGAAGGCGUUCCCUUCACUAAAGAGGAGGCGGGUAAAGCGGACCUGCCCUUCUUGUGGCCCAGAGUCUAGGGGUGAAGAAAAGAAGGGGAGAGGGAACCCUAUUUCUGUUCAGUUGUUCCCCCCAGAGCUGGUGGAGCACAUCAUUUCAUUUCUUCCGGUCAGAGAUGUGGUCGCCCUGGGCCAGACAUGCCGCUACUUCCAUGAAGUCUGCGACGCUGAGGGCGUGUGGAGACGCAUCUGCCGCCGGCUCAGCCCACGCCUCCGCGAGCAGAGUUCUGGGGUCCAGCCCUGGAAGAGAGCUGCCAUUCUGAACUACACAAAAGGCCUGUAUUUCCAAGCAUUUGGAGGCCGCCGCCGAUGUCUCAGCAAGAGCGUCGCACCCCUGCUAGCCCAUGGCUACCGCCGCUUCUUGCCUACAAAGGACCAUGUGUUCAUCCUUGACUACGUAGGGACUCUCUUCUUCCUCAAAAAUGCCCUGGUCUCCUCCACCCUUGGCCAGAUCCAGUGGAAGCGGGCCUGCCACUAUGUUGUGUUGUGUCGAGGAGCCAAAGAUUUUGCCUCAGACCCAAGGUGUGACACAGUUUACCGCAAAUACCUCUAUGUCUUGGCCACUCGGGAGCAGCCUGCCGUGGUAGGCUCAACCAGCAGCCAGGCCUGCGACUGUGUUGAGGUCUACCUGCAGUCCAGUGGGCAGAGGGUCUUCAAGAUGACAUUCCAUCACUCCAUGAGCUUCAAACAGAUUGUGCUGGUUGGUCAGGAGACCCAUCGGGCCCUACUGCUGCUCACAGAGGAAGGAAAGAUCUACUCUCUGGUCGUGAAUGAGACCCAGCUGGACCAGCCACGUUCCUACACAGUCCAGCUGGCCCUCAGGAAGGUGUCUCGUUGCCUGCCCCACCUGCGGGUAACCUGCAUGGCUUCCAACCAGAGCAGCACCCUCUAUAUCACUGACCAGGGGGGAGUGUAUUUUGAGGUGCAUACCCCAGGGGUGUAUCGUGAUCUCUUUGGGACCCUUCAAGCCUUUGAUCCGCUGGACCAGCAGAUGCCGCUCGCUCUCUCACUGCCUGCUAAGAUCCUAUUCUGUGCUCUUGGCUACAAUCACGUUGGCCUGGUGGAUGAAUUUGGCCGAAUCUUUAUGCAGGGAAAUAAUAGAUAUGGACAGCUGGGGACAGGGGACAAGAUGGACCGAGGAGAGCCCACACAGGUGCACUAUCUGCAGCGCCCCAUUGCCCUGUGGUGUGGCCUCAACCAUUCCCUGGUGCUGAGCCAGGGCUUGGACUUCAGCAAGGAGCUGCUGGGCUGUGGCUGCGGGGCAGGAGGCCGCCUCCCUGGUUGGCCGAAGGGGAGUGCCUCCUUCGUCAAGCUCCAUGUCAAGGUCCCUCUGUGCGCCUGUUCGCUCUGCUCUACCCGAGAGUGCCUCUACAUGCUGGCCAGCCAUGACAUUGAGCACGGCCCUGCCUACCGGGACCUACCACCUAGCAAGGCAGUGGGGAGCCCUGAGCCCAGCUUGGGGGCUGGAGCUCCACAGGACCCCGGGGGGACAGCCCGGGCCUGUGAGGAGUACCUCAGCCAGAUCCACAGUUGCCCUACAUUGCAGGACCGCAUGGAGAAGAUGAAGGAGAUCGUGGGCUGGAUGCCCUUGAUGGCGGCACAGAAGGAUUUCUUCUGGGAGGCCCUGGACAUGCUGCAGAGGGCUGCUGGUGAUGUGGCGUCAGACCCCUCAACCCCCGAGAGCUGACCCCCUCCCUCAGCCUCAGUCCUGGAGGAGAGAUGGGGCGGUAGCAUGGACACUGUGGGUGC